AGAAGCACAGCACACAGUGAUCAAAUCAGUCGACCAAGCUCUGUGCAAAGAAACAUGGCCGUACGCCUCUUUGAGGGUAGAGAUCAUGCAGCCGCUUACCUGCAGUACCGAGUGGCCCCGGAAGAACUGAUCGACAGGAUCAUGAGCUACGUGGAGAAACAGACACCAAACCAGGUCGGUCUGGCUGUGGAUGUGGGCUGUGGUUCGGGGCAAGGGACGGUCCUGUUGGCUCCGUACUUCACCAAGGUCGUCGGAACGGACGUCAGCCCCGCUCAGCUGGAGAUGGCUCUGACCAAUAACAAAAACCCUCCAAAUGUAUCGUACAGGGAGAGUCCGGCGGAGAAGCUGCCGUUUGCUUCCGGCGAGGUGGACCUUUUGACGGCCAUGACGGCGGCUCACUGGUUCGACCACAAGAAGUUCCUCCUGGAGGCCGACCGGGUGCUGAGGCCUGGAGGCUGCCUGGCUCUGCUGAGCUACACCAUGGCGAUGGAGCUGGAGUACGGGGACGUCUCCCGCGCGACACUCAACGGCAUCUGUGACGAGUUCUACGCUGCCCUGCAUCCCUUCAGAGAUCCCUACAUAGGAACCAACUCUGUGACGAUCUACUCUGACAUGUUUGACUCCUGCUCAUACGCAGACAAAGAGUGGAACGAGGGUCUGAAAGUGAAAAGGCUCUUGCCGCUGAACGGAUACUUCGGUAUGAUGGAGACCUUCUCCAGCUACCAGAAACUGCUACAAAAGGAUCCGGCUGAGGCUGAACGCCUUUCUAGUGACACAAGGAACAAGUUGAUGUGCGCCAUGAAGGUGUCCUCUCCUGACACAGAAGUCACCGUGGUUGUGAAUUAUUUCUACUGGCUGGCUCGCAAACCACUCUGACUCCUGGACCCCAGGUCCUGAGCCCCGGGUUAAAAAGCACUGCUGCAGGUUUCCCAAGUGACAUCAAAAGUGGCAAAAUGUUGGUAAUUGCUCAAAAUAAAAAGUUGGAUGUCUGAUAAAAUAAAAAAAAACUGCAUGUGCUGUGUUCAUAAACAUUUUGAUUUAUUAAAAAGAGUCCUGUCCCACAGUCA